CCGUGGUCGGGUGAAGUUGUGUGGUGAUCAAGGGCCUCCGGCGGUGGUCGAAAGUGUAAUGUGUGGUUUGCUCGUACAUUACAUGUGGUCUGUAUUGAGUAGCGAAAAAACAAAAACAAUCCCCAAUAAUAAAGAAUGUGGUGUGCAGUGUUAAAAAAGUAGGAAAACAAACGAAUCUACUCGCGUGUGUGGUCAACCGUGCAGCAUAAGUCAAAGUUCGUAGUAAAGUGAAGCCUCGUUUUUUUUCUUACUCUGGAGCCGGUUUAGCCUGGUACGCAAUCGUUGCUUGGGCAGCCUGCUGCACAUUUGCGGUUGUGUUGGCAUUUCGGGGCUCAUAUUGACAUUCCGCUGCGUGUGUUUUUUACGUGUAACAGCUGACGGUGUAAAACGGAAAAAGUGAGUGCGUGAGUGGAGGCGUGCUCAGUGUAGUGAAUUUAGCCGCUAAAGUGGCCAAGACAAUAAUUGCACCCAAGCUGAGGAAUGAUAUGCUGUGGUAUUACUGCAAUGAAAAAACAUGCUCGGUGGUAACUUAUGGUAAAGUGGAGAACCAGCGAGGAACCUGUUUGUGAUUUGGAGCAUCCAGCUGCAGGAGAAGGCGGCAGCGGGCGGCGGUGGUAUAUGAUUUGAUGUGAGCAGCGGAUUAAGGGGCAACACCGUUGAGAAGAAGAUUCAAUUUCCGGCGCGAGCGCCAUAUGACCACGCCACGUCGGCAAGUCUGAUCAUCGUCAACGAGCUGCAGACAACGGAAUCAACGCCAGGCAACGGAUACGACGACGACGACAGCGAUUAUCCGUCGUCGGUUCUAUCUUCGCUUAAUCAUCACCACCACCCGUUUGCAAAGCGGCAAACGGUUCGUCUUGUUCCUCAACGGCCAGACUAGGCAGAUAGAUAGUGAUACUCGAGCGAAGAGGAGGAUUCGUUCUCCGGUUUGUUGUGUUCUGUUUUGGUUCUGGAACCACACGGCACGACCGUGAAAUCGCGAGUAAUCCACGCGCAUAAUGUCAUUAAUCAAGCUGAUUGUUAUUAUGAAUGUAAUUAAGUGGAAAAUGUGUGCAAACGAAGAAGAAAUAUUUUAAUAGCCCAAGAAGUGGAGAAGUGCUUCGAGAGUGUGUUUUUCUGUGUGUUUCAUUUUUGCUUUGUUGAAGUGACUGUGAUAUUUAUAGGAGUCAACUGGCCGAAGAAGGAGUGAGAAGAGAGUUUACUUGAGUGGGGAUCGACGCGUGCCAAAGAGAAGACGAUGGCAACUCUCUGCUGGCUCGAGCUGUGUUUUAAAUAUAGAUUAGUGUUAGUAGCAUUUUUUGUUGUAAUUUAUUGUGUGAACAAGGUUACUGCUGGAGACAAUCCGUCGGCAUCGUUAGCGGAGGAUGAGUUUCAGGCGGGUGGAUAUUAUCAGAAUCCGUAUCAGCCUCGAAGACGUCACCACUAUCGGGAGGGCAACCAUCGCAGGUCUUCCUUAAGACGCGUUCGAGCCCCCCACGAUGGUCGAGGCAGAGUGAAAAAGAGUGGCGUUGUUGAGGGUAUUCUUGCCCAGGACUCCCCCAUCAACGAUAUCAUUCGGCAGGCGCGCGAACGUAAACCAAACAUUAUACUUAUUCUGACCGAUGAUCAGGAUGUUGAGCUUGGAUCACUCAACUUUAUGCCGCGUACAUUGCGUCUGUUGCGCCAGGGUGGAGCAGAAUUUCGACACGCUUAUACUACAACGCCGAUGUGCUGUCCGGCUAGGUCAUCUAUUCUAACCGGAAUGUACGUUCACAAUCACAACGUUUUCACCAACAAUGACAACUGCUCGAGCACGACCUGGCAGACCACACACGAAACGCGCUCGUUCGCGACCUACCUCUCGAACGCUGGCUACCGAACCGGUUACUUCGGCAAGUAUCUGAACAAGUAUAACGGCUCGUACAUCCCGCCGGGAUGGCGAGAGUGGGGUGGUCUCAUCAUGAAUUCCAAGUAUUAUAACUACAGUAUAAACAUGAACGGUCAGAAGAUCAAACACGGCUUCGACUACAGCAAGGACUAUUAUCCGGAUCUGAUAGCGAACGACUCGAUUGCAUUUCUACGCCAAAGUAAACACCAGAAUCAUCGUAAGCCGGUACUGCUGACGAUGAGCUUCCCGGCGCCUCACGGACCGGAGGACUCGGCACCGCAGUACAGCCACCUGUUCUUCAAUGUUACCACCCAUCACACCCCCGCCUAUGAUCACGCGCCCAAUCCGGAUAAGCAGUGGAUCCUUAGGGUUACUAAGCCGAUGGAGCCGAUACAUCGUAAAUUUACCGAUUUGCUGAUGACGAAGCGUCUGCAGACGCUCCAGUCGGUUGAUGUUGCUGUGGAACGAGUGUACCAGGAGCUAAAGGCGCUCGGCGAGCUGGAUAACACCUACAUCAUCUACACCUCGGAUCAUGGCUAUCAUCUCGGUCAGUUUGGUCUCAUCAAGGGCAAAAGCUUCCCGUUCGAGUUUGAUGUCCGCGUGCCGUUUCUCAUGCGGGGACCCGGCAUCGAACCGGCCAGUGUCGUGGACGAGAUAGUACUGAACGUGGAUUUGGCGCCCACUUUCCUGGACAUAGGAGGAGUGGUUCCACCACCCCACAUGGAUGGUCAAAGUUUUCUGCCGUUGAUAUUGAACCGGCAUCGCAACGCUAUCGACAAGUGGCCGGACACAUUCCUGAUCGAGAGCUCCGGUCGGAGAGAAACUCCCGAACAAAUGCAGUUGCAGCGAAUAAAGGCUGCUGCGGCGAGAUAUAGCGCCCGGAUGAAUGCAGCAAACGCAUCGGCGUUCAAGACAGAGCCGCUGGAUCGGGAGCGAACGAUGUUUCCGGCAUUGGAAGACAUUGUGCCAGAGGGUGGGAAGAAAGAGGAGGCUGCGAUUGAUUUCGGUUCACAUGAACAUGAGGACGACGAGGAGGAGCACGAUGGGGAUCAUGAUGAAGAGGAAGAUAAUCAUGCAGAGGAGGCCGAUACGGAACACUCCGAAUCCCGACAGGAGCACGAGGAUUAUGUCAUCGAUCAUCAGGAAGCGCAGCACUUCGAAGUUAGUGAAGCCCAUCACGACCCACUGGACAAUCAUCUACCGAUGACACCUUACCGGUCGAAAAUGGAACGGCUGAACAACGAGUGCUCGAAUCCGUUACUACAGCAGAACUGCGUCCCUGGUCAGAAGUGGCGCUGCGUGAGUGAAGACGGCCGUUGGCGACGGCACAAGUGCAAGUUUCAUUUGCAGCUGCAGAAUCACCUCGCUGAGAUUAACAAACUGUCCAGUCAGAACAAACGAAACUGUGCUUGCUUCACGCCGGAUGGAUUGAUCUACACGAAGAUUAAAUCCAAGAGGGACUACAAGCAUCACCUGUUGGGUCGAAAUCAUCAAGAACAUCGCCGACGACAGAAGAGGGAUGUUUCAUUUGAUGAACGGUUCGUGGAGGCCAACUAUGAGAUGUUCAGUUUGUUGAGGAUAGUUAAAUCAUUAGUUGAGUUGGAGGAUGAGCUUGAGUCUAGUCAAGGCCACAGUAGGACUAAAAGAGAAACGCCUGGCGGCAGCCAGAUCGAAAAUGUGAUUCACGAGUUGCAGAGUACGUUAAAGGAGAUCGAACGGAACUUUGAACAAAACUCAGUCUUGAGAAAACAGAAUCAAUCGACGGUGGAGCUGCCGGAGAAUGAUCCCGGAACGAGAUGUUUUGUCACCGCUCUUGGAAAGGUGAACUGUUCGAACAUAAUCUAUGACAACGAGGUGAGUUGGAAGCGAAGUCGAACACAGGUGGAUAUGUUGAUCAAGGUAUUGAAGAAUAAAAUCAAUGAUUUAAAAGAUAUCAAGAAGCAGUUAAAGGAACACAAGCCGUCAAGUUUUAAAUAUGACGGCGAGGAAGAAGAAGAGGAGGAAGAGAACCUGAGUUUGUCUGGUGAACAUGAACUUGAGCAAACCACGGCUUCAACGACCACAACUACCACUACCACUACCAUGUCGUCAAUAUUUGACAUUGGAUACCACCGUAGAGAUCAAUUCAACAGAACUGGAUUGGGGAAGCGUCCAAAGCACAACGGAGGUUUUCGUAAGCGUCCAAAGCCAUCGCGAACCUAUGACGAAGAGGGUACCUUGAUUGACAUGAGUCUUUUCGACACUUCUAUUAACAAUGGAAAUGAGUCUGCAUCACCAAAUGGUAAAUCUAGUCACGGUAGGCACAGGAAUAAUGGUCAAACUUUCCACUUCAACGGAAAGAAUCGGAACAGAAAUCGGUCGGAGACUCUCUCCAGCACUAUUACGAUCACUACAAGCACGAGUGUUCCUGAAGAAAUCACCACACCCAGUAAGGUGAACGCGGUCAGUUCCAGCACCACUGAACGGCUCGGGCUUGAAUUAACGGAAGAAAUUCGGCACUCACUUAUUUCAUCGACGCUUGGUUACGGUGAAUCUGCAGUUGAUUCUGGUACAACUUCGGAGGCAACAUUUUUAGAUAUUGCGAAUACCAAUUCAAUCAGUUCCGCUACACCUCAAAUUGUCAUUUCAACCGAAGCUUCGGGUUUCGAGGAAGUGCCUAUUCAGGUGGACUCAACGAUAUACACAACAGAAUCUCCCUCUCCAGAAGAGGAUACAACCAUGCGAUUGGAGAAUGUGACUAAAGCCACAACAAUUGCCAACGAGAUCUUCGGCGUCAAUGCUAUAUCCCACAAUCAGAUUCCUGUUAUCAAAACGGAUCCCACUCUGCCGGCCGCCGAGUGUUACUGCGAACCGGAAGCUGAGGGAUCGCUGCCAGAUGAACGAGAGUUAGCCCGAGAGACGCGCCGUCGCCUGAAAGAGGAACGCCAGCGCAAGAAGGAACGCAAACGUCAUCGGAAGGCCAAACUCGAGAAGGAAUGUUUGUCGGAGCGGAUGAACUGUUUCAGCCAUGAUUCGAACCAUUGGCGAACGGCACCACUGUGGGACGAUAAACCGUUCUGCUUCUGCAUGAACGCGAAUAACAACACAUACUCCUGUCUGCGAACCAUCAAUCAGACGCACAAUUUCCUGUACUGCGAGUUCACAACGGGAUUGGUCACUUAUUACAAUUUAAGAAUAGAUCCUUUCGAGACCCAAAACCGGGAAUCGUCGCUGACCUCAGAGGAGAGAGCCGUGUUGCACGAGACGCUAGAGUACAUGAAGAGCUGUCGGGGAAGAGGCUGCACAUUGCCGCGACAUCAGCAGGGUUCGUCUGGAAGUCAGCCAGAAAGCGACUUACCGGCUCCUGUCGCCGGAAGGACGACCGGUGUAGUGGUUGGGAGCGGAAAGCGGAAACAUCACAGAGAUCCUGGCGGGGCUGUUGGUGCCAACAUCCCAGUGCAUUUCUCGGACUUUGAUGCCAUGCAAAAUGGUGGCACUCCCAAGAAAAAAAUGAAAUGGAGUAAACGGAAGCAGCACUGGCAACAACAACAGCAGCAGCAGCCAUCAAUGAACCACCGGGAACAGCAACGGGGAGGUGGUGGUCAGCCCCACCAGUUCCGUACGGUGGGAGAACAGUUUCCUAGUCAAAGCAGCAGUGACUACCCUAGUGGUGGUGUUGGCUCAAGUGGCUCGAAGCGAAACCGCACAAGCAGACGACCCAUUUGGAGAAGUACAAUCUAUAACGACUAAGAAGGGAAUUAAUGUUAUUUCUUAGCUUUGUGGAAUCUCGCAGUUCAAAGUAAGCCGUUUAGUUUUUAAAUUUGUGUGUGAACUACUUUAGGGUAGUGAACGAGUAGAUAUUACAGAAGUAGAAAUGGAGAUUACACAAACCUGAACCAGAUAGCGAGAACCAGUAAUUGCGUAGAGAACUGACUGAUGUAAAUUUUGUUUGUUUAACUCUGUAUUUGUGUACAUGUUUAAAUCACGUAUGUUUUAAGGAUUCGUUUCUUUAUGUCAACUACUUAUGAGAUUCGACUGUUGCGCUGUGGUAAGCAGCAUCGGAGAAAAUAUGCUUGAUUAGGUCCACUGCCAUUCCACGCAUAGACGGAGUGAAAGCGCGAGAGAUAAGCAUGUUGUGCUAACGCAACACCAAAGCUUUUUGCGCUAGAGGCUGCUUGAUAUGCCAAAAAAAAAAGCUUUUUGCUAUUGAUCAGAGAACACCUGCACAAAAUGAAGCUUUUCGGAAAGUUUGACGGGACGAUAUUGUAGGAUAAGUAUUAUCCAUUUAGACAUUUGCAAACAAACGCAUGAACACAAAACAUGCGAACAAAAUAAAGUAAACAUAUUUAUUGUAGAAAACAUUUUCAAAGCGAUUUGUAGUAAGAGAUUCCAAGUAACCGGCAGAAGAUUUUUGUAGUACUCUGCCUUUAGAAGAUCGUUACGAAAAAAAAUCAGAAAAGUCUAACGGCUUGAAGAUUAUGCAAAUAAACACGGUAAAAAAGUUA